AUGGACCCCCUCAACGAAGCCUUUUUAACGCGGGAGCCCCAGACGGGCGUGUUUGUCCAGCAGCCCCCCCGCCGCGUCGCGUUUUUGCGGCUCCGGCCCUCCCACUUGGACGGGGAAGGGCGGGGGCGGCAUCGCGUUUCGUGGAACCCCGACGUUCGCGACUUCGAGAACCAGCGCGUCAGCAAAAGCUGCUGUAUCUUUCACAAGAAGAAACUCUUCGGCGAAAGUAGCAGUAGUAGCAGCAGCAGCAGCAGCAGUAGUAGUAGCUCGGCGAACAGCUCCGCGGGCGAGUUUUCUCCCUCCCCGGGCCAUCGCAAUCCCCCCCCCGCAACUCCCACCACCGAAACGACGAAUUCCGGGCCUUUUCCGCCCGCGGACGGGCCUUUGGCCCCCCCGGGGCCGAUCGACGGACGGCAAAACGCGGACCCGCGCAGCGGCGCCCACUCGCACGGCGGCAAAAAACACCACCACCCGAAGUGUACGAAGGAGCAUUGCUAUUGCGGGACGCGUUUUCAUUAA